AUGCAGAAACUGGCCCAGAGAGGGAGCCCCGCGCGGACUCAUUCCAUGAUGUCCCUGUCGGUGCGGCCGCAGCGCCGCCUGCUCAGCGCCCGGGUCAGUAGGAGCCAGUCCUUCGCAGGCGUCCUCGGCAGCCAGGAGCGGGGGCCCAGGAGCUUCCCGGCCUUCAGUCCCCCGGGGCCCCCACGGAAGCCCCCGGCGCUCUCCCGGGUGUCCAAGAUGUUUUCAGUGGCGCACCCGGCCCCCAAGGUCCCACAGCCUGAGCGCCUGGACCUGGUGUACACUGCGCUCAAGCGAGGCCUGACGGCCUAUUUGGAAGUGCACCAGCAGGAGCAGGAGAAACUCCAAGGACAGAUAAGGGAGUCCAAGAGGAAUUCCCGCCUGGGCUUCCUGUAUGACCUGGACAAGCAAGUCAAGUCCAUUGAACGCUUCCUGCGACGGCUGGAGUUCCAUGCCAGCAAGAUUGAUGAGCUGUAUGAGUCAUACUGCGUGCAGCGGCGUCUCCGGGACGGCGCCUACAACAUGGUCCGUGCCUACAGCACCGGCUCCCCGGGGAGCCGCGAGGCCCGGGACAGCCUGGCCGAGGCUACUCGAGGGCAUCGCGAGUACACAGAGAGCAUGUGUCUGUUGGAGAGCGAGCUGGAAGCACAGCUGGGGGAGUUCCACCUUCGGAUGAAAGGGCUGGCCGGCUUCGCCAGGCUGUGUGUUGGUGACCAAUAUGAGAUCUACAUGAAAUAUGGGCGUCAGCGCUGGAAACUACGGGGCCGCAUAGAGAGCAGUGGAAAGCAGGUGUGGGACAGCGAGGAAACCGUCUUUCUGCCUCUGCUCACGGAAUUCCUGUCCAUCAAGGUGACAGAACUGAAGGGCCUGGCCAACCAUGUGGUUGUAGGUAGCGUCUCCUGUGAGACCAAGGACCUGUUCGCUGCCUUGCCCCAGGUUGUAGCAGUGGAUAUUAAUGAUCUUGGCACCAUCAAGCUGAGCUUGGAAGUGACAUGGAGUCCCUUCGACAAGGAUGACCAGCCCUCAGCUGCUUCUACUGUCAACAAGGCCUCCACAGUCACCAAGCGCUUCUCCACCUAUAGCCAGAGCCCACCAGACACACCCUCGCUUCGGGAACAGGCCUUUUAUAAUAUGCUGAGGCGGCAGGAGGAGCUGGAGAAUGGGACAGCAUGGUCCCUGUCAUCUGAAUCUUCUGAUGACUCAUCCAGCCCACAGCUCUCAGGCACUGCCCGCCACUCCUCAGCCCCCAGGCCCCUGGUGCAGCAGCCUGAGCCUCUGCCCAUCCACGUUGCCUUCCGUAGGGCUGAGACCUCCACUUCUGGGCCCAUGGAUGAGGAGGGGGCUGUGGCCCCAGCCUUGGCCAAUGGGCAUGCCCCCUACAGCCGGACUCUGAGCCACAUCAGUGAGGCCAGUGUGGACGCCGCCCUGGCUGAGGCCUCAGUGGAGGCUGCAGACCUAGAAAGUCUAGUCCGGGGACCUAGCCCACCUGUGUGCCCAGAUCCCACCCAUGGGGAGCACCCUGCUCCUGUCUCUCCUGCCCUGGAUGCUGGCCAUUCUGCCACAAGCCCCACUCUUAGUACAACAGGCCCUGCCCCAUCUGCUCACCUAGGCUUGGCUAACAAGACCAUAAAUUCUAGCUCUCCUGAACUGCCCACCCACACCACUGCAGGCUCCACCUCUAGUGCCAUAAGCCCUACCCUUAGUGCUCGAAGCCUCACUCACUCUACCACAGUUUCUACCCACAAGAUGGUGGUCUCUAUCCUCAGUACCACAGGUCCUACCCCCAGUACCACAGGGCCAGUCCAGACCACCACAAGUCCCACCCACAAACCAGUGCUUUCUACCCUCACUCCUGCAGCUCCUAGCACCAAUACUACAGACCCAGUCCAGACCACCACAAGCCUCAGCCACGCUGUCACAAACUUGACACACACUGUCACAAGCGCUACCAACAAGCCCAUGGGCUCUACUCUCAUUACGGCAGGCCCUACAGCCAGUGCCACAGGUCCAGUGCAGACUACCACUAGCCCCACCCACGCCACCCCAAGCCACACCCACACUACUGUGAGCCCCACCCAUACCACAGGCCCCACCCACACUACUGCAAGCCCCACCCACACUACUGCAAGCCCCACCCACACCACCACAGGCCCCACCCACACUACUGCAAGCCCCACCUAUACCACCACAGGCCCCACCCAUACUACUGCAACCACUACUCCCAAAGCCAAGAUGUCAACUAACACCACUACACCCAACACUAAGGACCCAGUCCAGAACACCAGGAGUCCCACCCAUUCUGUCACAAGCCCCACUCUUAUAACUGUAAGCCCCUCCACUUUUCUAGACUUUGCCAAGCUCUCCAGCUCUUCUGCAAAUACAGACCCUCCCGACCUAAGCACUGACCCCCUGUCUGGUAGUUACCUAGCCUCUACUCCUUGCACUCAGGCAGACCCCAUAGCCCCCAGCACCUCCCAUCCAAGUCCUGCUUGUUCUAGUUGGGAGCCCCUCACAAGCCCUUCUCCGGACCCCCCAGAAGCCAUCUGUCAGAGCCCAAGUCUCCCUCCCUCACCCCUAGCCCCUUUGCCCCAGUAUCCAGACCCUGGAGUGGCCAGGGCUUCUCCGGCCCCAGUUCCAGGGGCAGCUGGAGGGGCUGGGGACAGGAGGCUGGAAGAGGCUCUGGGGGCCCUGGUGGCUGCCCUGGAUGACUAUCGUGGCCAGUUUCCCGAGCUGCAGGGCCUGGAGCAGGAGGUGACCCGGCUGGAGAGUCUGCUUAUGCAGAGACAAGGCCUGACUCGGAGCCGGGCCUCCAGUCUCAGCAUCACUGUGGAGCACGCCCUGGAGAGCUUCAGCUUCCUCAACGAGGAUGAAGAUGAAGACAAUGACAGUCCUGGGGACAGGCCCCCAAACAGCCUAGCACCUGGGGCUGAGGACAGCCUCGACUCGCCCAGUGCCCGACCCCUCAGCACAGAGUGUCCAGCUCUGGAUGCUGCCUUGAUCCAGCACCUGUAUCACUGCAGCCGCCUCCUGCUGAAACUGGGCACAUUUGGGCCCCUGCGCUGCCAGGAGGCAUGGGCCCUGGAGCGGCUACUGCGGGAGGCCCGAGUGCUUGAAGCAGUAUGCGAGUUCAGCAGGCGAUGGGAAAUGCCUGCCACCUCUGCCCAGGAAGUGGUGCAGUUCUCGGCCUCUCGGCCUGGCUUCCUGACCUUCUGGGACCAAUGCACAGAGGGACUCAGCCCUUUCAUCUGCCCUGUGGAGCGGGUGCUCCUCACUUUCUGCAAUCAGUACAGCGCCCGUCUCUCCCUGCGCCAGCCAGGCUUAGCCGAGGCUGUGUGCGUCAAGUUCCUGGAGGAUGCCCUGGGCCAGAAGCUGCCCCAGAGCCAGGCAGGCCCUGGAGAGCAGCUCACCAUCUUCCAGUUCUGGAGUUACAUCGAAGCCUUGGACUGCUCCUCCAUGGAGGCCUAUGUAACCGAGACAGCUGAGGAGGUGUUACUGGUGCGGAAUCUGAACUCGGAUGACCAGGCUGUUGUGCUGAAGGCCCUGAGGUUGGCACCUGAGGGGCGGCUUCAAAGGGAUGGACUCCGGGCCCUCAGCUCUCUGCUCGUCCACGGCAACAACAAGGUCAUGGCUGCUGUCAGCACUCAGCUCCGUAGCCUGUCGCUGGGCCCCACCUUUAGGGAAAGGGCCCUGCUGUGCUUCCUGGAACAGCUGGAGGACGAGGAUGUGCAGACCAGAGUGGCCGGCUGCCUGGCUCUGGGCUGCAUCAAGGCUCCAGAAGGCAUUGAGCCCCUGGUGUACCUCUGCCAGACGGACACAGAAGCUGUGAGGGAAGCAGCUCAGCAGAGCCUGCAGCAGUGUGGAGAAGAGGGACAGUCUGCCCACCGAAGGCUGGAGGAGUCACUGGAUGCCCUGCCCCGCAUCUUUGGGCCCGGCAGCAUGGCCAGCACAGCAUUCUAA